AUGAGUGAGGGGCGUCUGUUUUUCGCAAAUGGAAACCUGCGAUACUUCCUGGCCUUUGCCAAAUCACUAUACUUCAAGUUCAAGAAACUACUUGAAUACAAGGGAGAGCAAAAGUGCAGUAGCCUCAGUAGUGAUUAUGGAUGCUGGCAUGGGUUACCUGAAGAAAUCUUGGAGAAAAUUGUGCAGAAUCUGGGGUUAAGUGAUCGAAUACGCUUGAGCAUCCUUUGCAAGUCUUGGAGGCCAGUUGUUAUGAAUAGUUCCGCACAUGAAUUUCCCUGGUUAGUACUUCCUCAAUCCCCGGAUUGCAGCAAUGACAAAACUCUAAGCUUUUUCAGCCUCUCCGAUGGCAAAGUUGUCGAUUUGAAGCUGCCCAAGCAAGUUCAAGGAGGAUGGUUUUAUGGAUCUUCUAAAGGGUGGCUGAUUAUGAUCAAGGAACAAGGACUAAACUCUCAGAUAUUUCUACUCAAUCCAAUUUCAGGGGACCUACACCAGCUUCCAUCCUUGGCAACAAUUCCAUCUUUUCAAAAGUAUGUAGAAGACAAAAAAUGGAAACUUUACGGCGGCUCCCUUUUCUUUCAUCAAAUUGUGUUAUCUACCUCAAAUGUUAAUUCAGAUCAAUGUGUUGUAGCAGCAAGUUUUGAUUCUUGCGAUGAACUGGCGUUGUGCAGACCUGGAGGCAAAACAUGGAGUGUCUUUCGUCCAUUAGAUCAUGAACACGAAGGCCUUGCCCAAUUAUUAUUUUCCAGUGGUAAGCUAUACGCCUUGAUUGGUGGUGAGAUUAAGAAAGAAGGUAUUGUAGCUCAGACCUUAAGAUUUGGAGAUCAUGCACUGGAACUGAUGAUGGUCUAUGUUGGUGCAUUAAUCAUACCGCCAAUAGGGGAGAUUGAGGAGUACAAUGACCACGAAGUCUACUUACAAGGUCUGACUAGCUCAUUCUUGUUAGAAUCAACCAACAAUGAAGUCCUACUGAUUCAUAAAGUGGACGACUAUUUUAUAAUGGUAAAUAACGAUUCCGAGGAGGACUCGGAAGCAGAUAUUCUUGAAGGCGAGGAUGAAGGCAACGACAUGGAAGAAGAAGGCAAUUACGAUGAAGGUGAUGAUAAUUAUAAUGAUAAUGAUGCUGAAGAUGUGGAAGGUAAUGAUGAGGAUGAAGAAGAAGAAGAUGAAUACUAUAAUGAAAACAAUGAUUGGAACGAGUCUAUGUAUGCGAGGACAAACAGCUUUAAAGUAUAUAAGAUUGAUUCCAAAACUGACACAAACAAUUUUCUUAGGUUACAAAGUUUGGGAGACCAGAUGUUGUUUUUGGCCGAGCACGGUUCUUUGUCUCUCUGCGCAACGGAUUUUAAAGAAUCCGAAAAGAAUUGCAUUUAUUUUGCAACAAAGGCAACAAUGAGACAUGUGCUUCCAAAACCACAAACAUCUCGCGAGAUUGGUCUCUUCAACUUGGAUACAGAAUGA